AUGUCACCUCAUAAGACCUUCAGGAUCAAGAGAUUCCCAGCCAAGAAACCGAAGCAGCAUCGGCCCAUUCCCCAAUGGAUUCGAAUGAAAACCGGUACUAAGAUCAGGCACAACUCCAAGAGAAGACACUGGAGAAGAACCAAGCUGGAUCUGUAA